AUGGCGCACGUCGAUUACGUCCUUUUCGAAGCCGCCCUGGGCUAUGCCCUCUUCAGCGUGGUGCACCAGGCCGAUGCUGUUGGCGCCAAGUUGAAGGAGGUGCAAACUGCCGUCAACGAGCUGCCCAAGUUCAGCAAGAUGGUUAACCUUGUCAAUUUCACUCCCUUCAGUGGUCACGUCGAGGCUCUCGAGAACGUCAAUUUAAUUUCUGAGGGUAUCGUUUCCGACCAGCUCAAGUCUGUUCUUGAGCUCAAUCUCCCUCAGACGAGCGGAAAGAAGAGCAAGAUCACUCUUGGUGUGGCUGAGAAGAACCUUGCCAGCGCCAUCAAGGCCCAGUUCCCCGGCCUCUCCAUCGAGACGAUCGAAACCUCCGUGGUUGUUGCCGAACUUAUCCGUGGCAUUCGUCUACACGCUGAAAAGCUCCUCAAGGGUCUCCAGACUGGCGAUCUGAGCAAGGCUUCCCUGGGUCUGGCCCACGCCUACUCCCGUGCCAAGGUCAAGUUCAACGUCACCCGCAAUGACAACCACAUCAUCCAGGCCAUUGCCACUGUCGACUUCCAGGAUAAGGGAGUCAACGGCUUUUUUAUGCGCCUUCGCGAAUGGUACGGCUCGCACUUCCCCGAGCUCCAGAGAUUUGCCUCAGACAACUACACCUACGCUCAGCUUGUCAGCGUUAUCGGAAACAAGAAGACUCUGUCUGAUGAGAAGCUGCACGACAUUGCUGCCAUUCUUGGCGAGGAUGGAGAGAAGGCUCAGGCUAUCAUUGAUGCUGCCAAGGUCUCCAUGGGAUAUGACCUUGCUAGCACCGACUUUGAGAUCAUUGACCAGCUCGCCCGCCUUGUCAUCAAGCAGGCCGAUAACCGUCGGUCCACAUCCACCUAUCUUGAUGAGAAGCUUGACCAGGUUGCCCCUAACCUGAAGGCCCUGCUCGGAUCCAGCGUUGCUGCUCGCCUCAUCUCUCAUGCUGGUUCUCUGACCAGCUUGGCUAAGCUGCCUUCAUCCACCCUGCAGAUUCUUGGUGCCGAGAAGGCCCUUUUCCGUGCGCUCAAGACCAAGGGCAACACUCCUAAGUUUGGUCUCCUGUUCCACGCUGGUGCUAUCGCCAAGGCUAGCAAGCAGAACAAGGGUCGUAUGUCUCGCUGUGUUGCCAACAAGGCUUCCAUGGCUUCUCGUAUCGACGUCUUCUCUGCUGAGCCUUCCACCCGGUUCGGAGAUGCCUUCAAGCAGCAAGUGGAUGAGCGUCUGGAAUUUUACGCCACUGGCAAGCGCCCCACAAAGAACUCUGAUGUUAUCAAAUCUGUCAUGGAGUCUCUCGGAGAUGCCGGUGAGACUUUCGAUGAGGAUAUGAUUGAUGCUCCUGAUGCUGCUGCCUCCAAGAAGGAGAAGAAGGACAAGAAGAAGGACAAGAAGGAGAAGAAGGAGAAGAAAGAGAAGAAGCGCAAGCACGACGAGGAUGAGGAUGUCCCCAUGACCAACGCUGCCGAUGGUGAGAAGAAAAAGAAGAAGAAGAAGUCCAAGUCACAGGAUGAGUAGAGCUCUUCCGAGUGCUCGGACGCUUCGACUGAUUAAAGUCCACCGAGGUGGCUCAACCAGAGGAGUGAAAGGUUGAGGUAAUGGGAAUACAUGGGCUCGUGGCGAAGGCGAUAAGAAGAAGAGCGACGAUAAACUCAGCAAAAAGGAAAAGCUGAGUGCCGAGCUUGCCAACGAACGCUCUGCCGAUCUCGACCAAGAUUCAGAGGAACUCGCCGAGUCCAAGCCCAAGAAGGACGAGAGCAACAAGUCCACAAAGAGCAAGUCGUCUGAGGCUGAGUAGGUUGAGUAGCAUUGGGAGGCCGGCUCUGGCCCGGGGGUGGUAUCUGCACUUCACUUUUGAGGGAGUUGUAAAGGAAUCUGGAAACGGCGUUCAAGGACAAACAGCUUUGCUAUGAUAAUUUGUACAUAUGAAGGGAUGCAUACCCGAUCUUGACGUUGCAGUGUCGAUUUAACCUUAGUAGGUUGUUGGCAUAUGCACGAUUGAAUUGAAAUUCUGAAAAUUAC